UACUGUUGUGUGGAGUCAUGAGGCUGUCCUGCUCCUAAUUAGUUUGUAUGCUGAGCAUAAAAGUAUGUUCAGCAAUAGUAUUUACAAACAAAAGGACGUUUGGGUAAAGAUUGCAGCUGGUAUGGCCGAAAAAAGGACAUCAUUUUCAGCCUCACCACUGUGACAGCAAGUGGCGUGCCUUGAAACACAGACACAAGGUUAUAACUGAUGACAACGGGAAAAGUGGGCGUGGACGACGAACUUGGCAAUACUUUGAUGCCAUGAAUGAGGUUUUAGCAGGUGACCCUGCAGUGAGGCCUUUAAGAGUGAUUGGGUCGGCAGAAAAUGUCAGAGAAACAACAGAGAAAGUUGAAGUUACCAAAAGUAAGCCACCACUGCCACCAAAUUCAUUGCGGGUAAGAACACCAUCACCGUCAUUAAGACCAGUAUCACCUCCAACCCCAGCAAGGUCACUGACAGCAUCACCCUCACCAUCAGAGAGUGGAGUGAUAAAGACACCGAUAAGGAAGAGGAAGAGGAGCGGCGAACCACCAGAGUGGUUUCGUUCAUAUGCUGAACAGGCAAAUCGACGUAUGGAGGCUCUAGAGGAGAGCAAUCGGCAGAUGAUUGCUAUUGCUCGUGAAAGAAACUCUAUCUUAAAAGCACUGGCAGAAAGUCUUUCAAAACAGUGAUCAAGAUGUUCACCUAGAACUGUAAAAGAUAGUUUUUUGUACUAGAUGUUCACCUAGAACUGUGAAGGAUAGUUUUUUUUGUACAAGACAUUCACUUAUAACUAUAAAGGAUAGUUUUUUCGUACAAGAUGUUCACUUAGAACUGUAAAUUGCAUUAGUUAUUUUUUAUUCGUUGUGUGUGCUUAACAAAGCUGCCCUGUAAGUUUAUUGUAUAACUUAGACCUCUUUCAUCAACAUUUUUUUCAGGAAAUACCUGUAAAUAUACAUGACUGUUAAUUUUUCACUGUUAUUAUAAUGAAUAAAUUUUAAUUCUCAGAGUUACUCUCACUUA